AUGGCUAAAACUUCGAAGGCUACGAAAAAGUUUCAAAGCAAGCAUUUGAAGCACACCAUCGACCACCGUCGGAAAGUGCAAAAGCACAACAAACUUAAGGUUAAGAAAAGUAAAAAUAGCGGUGCUGAUGAGGCCCCCCCACCAGAAAAGAAAUCCACCAGACCAGUCUUCGAUGACAUGUCUGUAGAAGAAUUCUUCGAAGAAGGGUUUCAAGUGCCUGAACCACAGAAGAGCUCCAAAAAGAAGGAAGAAUCUGAUGACAGCUCAGAAGAUCUUUCCGAGGAUAUUGACUUGGAUGACUCUGAGGGGGAAGCAGAAGCAGCAGCAGCAGAUUCUGAUGAUGACGAUUCAUCAGAGGAGGAGAAUGAAGAGCAAUUAAAAGAUGAUUUGGAGAAAUUGGCAGAAAAGGACCCGGAAUUUUACAAGUAUUUGCAGAAGAACGACAAGGAGCUUUUGGACUUCGAGGGUGUGAACCCUAUGGAUGCGGUGAGCGAUGACGAGGAUGAUGAAAACGAAGAUGAAUCGGAAGGUGAAGACAGCGAGGAAAAACCAAGGAAGAGCGAGGCCAAAGCAAAACAAAAAAAAGUUGAUAUCACAAAAGACCUUCUUGUGUCUUGGGACAAGGACUUAAAGGAGCCUACUGUCAAGACGAUUCAGCACGUUCUGGCUGCUUUUAAAGCUGGUGUCAACAUAAACUCUUCUGAAGGGUAUGAUGGUCGUUACACCGUUUCCGACGGUGCCAUCUUUGCCGACUUAAUGUUUAUUGGGUUGAGACGUAUACCCGAGGCAAUACAGAAAUUGGCCCCGUACAAGGUUAAUUCCAAGGGCAACAGGAGUUUGGAUGAAAAGAACGGAAAAACGAACAUGAUUUCAAAAAUUUUGAAAAGUCAGUCUGCUUCAUACAUCACCCUUCUAGAGGACAUCAACAAUACAGAGACAGCUGCCUUAGUGUUAAGCUCUCUACAGGAUGUCUUACCAUACUACCUCUCGUACAGAAAGAUCCUCAAGCGUAUCUACACUGCUGUUGUGGAUGUCUGGGCCACUAUAACUCACCUUGAGACACAGAUUGCCGCCUACGCCUUCAUGAACAACUCCGCGAGAGAGUUCCCUAAAGCUGUGUUGGAGAUCAUCCUCAGACAGACCUAUUCAAGCUUCUUGAAAGCAUGCAGAAAGACAAAUAUUCACACAAUGGACUUAAUAAACUUUGCAAAGAACUCCGCAGCUGAGUUGUUUGGUAUCAAUGAGCUGUUGUCUUAUCAGGUGGGCUUUGAGUUUGUGCGUCAGCUUGCGAUCCACUUGCGUACUACAAUCACGAAUACAAGUAAGCGUCUGGCUAACUCCGAAAACAAAGAAGCUUAUAAAAUCAUAUAUAACUGGCAGUAUUGUCACUCCUUGGACUUUUGGUCCAGAGUUGUGUCCGCAAACUGCAAUCCUGAGGUCGAAGAGGUGAGGCAUAAGAAUAAAGAGUCCCCAUUGAGGGCCUUGAUCUAUCCUUUAGUUCAGGUUACCUUGGGAACUAUCAGGUUGAUUCCUACUCCCCAGUUUUUCCCAUUGAGAUUCUACUUGAUUCGUUCCUUGAUCAGAAUCUCUCAGAACACUGGUGUCUACAUCCCAAUCUUUCCACUCAUUGUUGAAAUUUUGACUUCCAGCAUCUUUAAAAAGCCUGCAAAGGCUGAGAACUUGCCCGUCUUUGACUUCGAGCACAACAUCAAAGCCAAUCAGCAAUACUUGAACACUAAGGUGUUCCAAGAGGGUGUAUGCGAGCAAUUCAUCGACUUGUGCAGCGAGUUCUUUGUCUUGUAUUGUAAGAGCGUUGCAUUCCCUGAGCUAAUCACACCUCCUGUUAUUGGUCUCAGGCGUUUCAUGAAGAAAUCCAAGCUCAUCAAGUUCAACAAGCAGAUUCAACAGCUCGUUGAGAAGUUGACUUCCAAUGCUAAUCUUAUAACUGAGAAGAGAUCGAAGAUUCAGUACGGCCCAUCAAAUAAGAGUGAGGUUCGUUCUUUCAUGAAGGAUGUUAAGUGGGAAGACACGCCGUUGGGACAGUAUGUUGUUGUUCACAGAAGAAAUAGAGAAGAAAAGUUGAGAAUAUUGAAGGAAGCUGCAGCUGAAGAGGAGAACGCCCAAAAGAAUGCCAAGUCUAAGGAUGUCGAAAUGGAAGAUGCAUUGGAAUCCUCAGAGGACGAUGAAGAGGCUCGUGAAAAUGACGAUGAUGAUGUUGAAGUUUCUGACGACGAAUAA